UCACUUCCUGAAGAGCGAAUCAAGCUAGGGCCAUUCUCUUUAGUGUUUGCCCUGUUUUCCCAAUGUCCAUCUCCUCACCGCCCGUAUUUUAAUUUAAAAAUAACAUAGACUGACUCCCGAAACUGGACGUUUACAAAAGAAAACGACAGUAAAUCAAAGUGUACUAUGGAGUAACUAAAAACAGCACAAAAGGAACGACGAGGCAGAGCACAUAUCAGACCUCCUCAAUAAAGAGUUCCUCCCACUUUGGCGUUUACCAUUGCUGCACUACAAAGUUCUUGACCUCAACCUACGAUUGACUAAGCUAGACCACCGAGGAUGUCCCAGCUCCAGUUUCAGUGUCCGGCUAGCCCCAUGCCUGCUGCCUCUGCCCCACUGCAGCUGGGGCAGCCACAGCCUGGCUACAGCAUCCCGUGUGCCUCAGGCACCUUACCCUCGGAGAGCGCCAGCCAGCCCAUCAGAAGCUCCGCUCUCCCUGCGGGCUCAGCCACUCCCUACAAUACCACCACAGUAUCUAACAUGGCAAACCCUAAAGAGAAGACCCCCAUGUGUUUGGUGAAUGAGUUAGCCCGUUUCAACAAGAUUCAACCUGAGUAUAAGCUGCUUUGUGAGCAAGGACCAGCUCACUCCAAGAUUUUCUCAGUUAGACUCACACUGGGAGAUCAGCACUGGGAAGCGGAGGGGACCAGCAUCAAGAAAGCCCAGCAUUCCGCGGCUGCAUCUGCCCUCGAUGAGACGACACUUCCCAAGCCCACCGUUAGGACGCCCCGCAACACAGGCAAGAACCCAGCAGAUGGAAUGACACAUACCAUGGAGUUAAAUGCACUAUGUAUGAAGCUUGGUAAAAAGCCAAUGUAUAAACCCAUCGACCCGUACCCGGGGAUGAGACCACCAAACUUCAACUACAACGUCCGGGCUCCAGGACCUUACCAGCGCUCUAUGCAACAGUACUACUACCCAUUUCCUCCAGUGGGACCAAUAUUAUACCACAUGGAGCUUUCCAUCGGAGGCCAGCAGUUUUUUGGUAAGGGACGCACACGGCAGUUAGCCAAACAUGAUGCUGCUGCCAAGGCCCUGAAAGUGCUGCACAAGGAGCCAAUCUUACAACAGUUGCCAGUGAUGAAUGGAGAGCCUGAGGAGGAGAACCUCAACAAAUCAGAAAUCAGUCAAGUGUUUGAAAUUGCACUGAAACGAAACUUACCUGUCAACUUUGAGGUUUUAAAGGAGGAAGGCCCUCCCCACAUGAAGAGUUUUGUAGUGUGUGUUACAGUCGGGGAGUUCACUGGUCAGGGUGAAGGGAAGAGUAAAAAGAUUGCCAAGAAGUUGGCAGCAGCAGCGGUGCUGGGGGAGUUGAAGAAGCUACCCCAUAUACCCAGUGUGGAAAAAACGCUGCCACGCAUCAAGAAGAAAACCAAAUCCAUCAUCAAGCUGCAGACCAGCCCAGAAUAUGGCCAGGGAAUGAAUCCCAUCAGUCGCCUGGCUCAGAUUCAGCAGGCCAAGAAGGAGAAGGAACCAGAAUACAGCAUGGUGACAGAGAGAGGUCUACCUCGGCGCAGGGAGUUCGUCAUGCAGGUGACAGUGUGUGGCCAGUCUGCGGAGGGAAUGGGACCCAGUAAAAAGGUGGCCAAGAGGAACGCAGCAGAGAAGAUGCUGGAGCUCUUGGGAUAUAAAGUGCCUCAGCCUCAGCCCCCCAAACCGGCACUCAAGACUGAUGAAAAGACCCCAGUGAAAAAGCCUGGUGAUGGGCGCAAAGUGACCUUCUUUGAGCCUGGCUCUGUAGAGGACGUGGCAUUGGGUUCCAAGGAGGAGGAGUUCCGCCUGCCUUACCUGAGCCACCAGCAGCUGCCUGCAGGCAUCCUGCCGAUGGUACCUGAGGUAGCUCAAGCAGUUGGGGUCUGCCAAGGAUCCCAGGCUAAAGAUUACAGUCGAGCUAUACCCAACCCAGGCAAGGCCACAAUCACUGCCAUGAUUGCCAACGAGCUGCUUUAUGCAGGGACAUCCCUGACUGCUGAGACUAUCCUGAAGAACAAAAAUAACAUGAACCAACUGCCCCACGGACCCCUCACCAGGCCUUCAGAACAGCUCAGCUUUCUGGCAUCGGUGCAGUCCCUGCAGGUGGAGUACAAAGAUUUUCCUAAAAACAAUAAGAAUGAGUUUGUGUCACUGAUCAACUGCUCGUCCCAGCCACCGCUCAUCAGUCAUGGGAUUGGGAAAGACGUAGAAUCGUGUCAUGAUAUGGCUGCACUGAAUAUAUUGAAGUUGCUCUCUGAGUUGGACCAGCAGUCAAAUGAAAGGACAGGAAAUGGACCAGUCUCUCGGUGUGGCAAGCAGGAAAUCGAAGGUGACUUGCACCUCAAACAGGCUAACUCAAGCACAUUGGCACAGACCCUGGAUGGCACUGUUUAGAUGAUCAGGUUUCGGUUGUCUGUAAAAGCACUAGAGAAAACUCAGACACUGUGUUCUUAGUCAGUUUUAGAAGGCACCGCUUUGGGCUUUGUAUGCUCUAAACCAUCAAUGUUCACUGUCAUUAUUCCAAAAUGUUCACAGUUAAACAAGAUUGAUAGGAAAAAAAAUUGUGCUUCCCCUUGAUGUUGUUUAAUUGUUCACAUUAUUUAUUUCUGUUUUGUUGUAGAAAAAGCAGCUGUAUCCUAGUCAAUGCGUUUUGGGGUUUAAGUGUUGAAAAAAAAGAAGCAAUUUAACUGUGAACCUGGUUUUUAUUUUCCUUAGAACUUGUUUCCUCUCUGUGAGACCUUUUUACCAGUUUUUAAGUCUUGCGUUUGUUCCCCUGCUGAGGUAGUUAAUUAAACUAGGUCUUGUAAAAGUUUGGACCUCAUCUUUGGCUAUGGUGCAGCUGCCGAACCUCUGAUUUUCCUAGAGUGCUUUAUAUCAACAACCAGUGUUAUCGACAUUACCAUGUAGGGCUGGGAAGAAGUUCUGACUAAAUGUAGCGUGUGAUGUAAUGUGACGUUGUGUCUGCUGUGUGAGGCAGGGACGUUUCCUUGUCACAUCAGUUUCCCUGAUUCUCCCUCCUCCUCCUCCCUUUAUGUCAACCUUCUUUCUCUCUCUGCUCCCCAUGGUAAUUAAACUGUGCUUAUGUGCACAAAACAAAGA